GAAUUUUUUCCUUGCCUUAGUCUUAUUUUUUCAAACCAAUUCAAUGUAAUUACAAUUUGUGUAUAAACCUUUUCCCCAAUAUUAGUAAUGUGAUUUUAUUUUUGUAUUUAAUGUGAUAAUCUUGAAUUAAUUUAUUGUUUAUGUUCAAAACAAUCAUUAGUUUUAUAAUUUACUGUACUAAUCGAUUUGUGAUAUUGAUAUUAUAACCAAACAUCUUUUUUUACUCUUGUGUUUAUGUUUGUGCCCGGGCUGCAACAUUAUAUCAACUUAAUAAUCAAAUAACUUCAAUUUCUAUUAGAGAUAUCAAUUAAAUAAAUAACAUUCCCAUUAUACACUUAUUUAUUCAUCGGAUGCAGCAAUAUCAAGCUAAUUAAACAUACCUAAUCAAAACAGAGGGUCAAUCUUGAAAGGAAAACAACAAACCAUACAAGCAACUUAGGAGUGUACAAAGCCUGUUAUAAUAAAAUAUUCAGUUAGCUAUAUUAAAGAGCAGGAAAUGACGGAACGAAUGGAGGUGUUGCCAAAAUUUAACGAUGAAGAUACUACUUUAGUAUCUUAUAGCUCGUUCAACAGUGAUGAUGAUUCAGUUGCUUGUGUAAUAUACAAGAUGCAUCCAUCGGACAGUUCACCGCCUUGUGGAAAUGAUCUUACUGUGGAUAUGAAAAGUUUUGGAGGAAAGCCGACCAUUAAAUUGUACAACAAGAGAUUCUUUAUUUUGAUUCUCUUCUGUCUGUAUUCAGCUUCCAAUGCAUUCCAGUGGUUACAAUAUUCAAUCAUUACAAGGAAAAUAGCAACUUUUUAUCAAAUUGAUGAUCUUUCCGUUAACCUCACUUCACUUAUUUACAUGUUUGUUUUUGUUCCUGGUAUGAUUCCUGCUUCAUGGUUACUUAAUCGUUUUGGUCUCCGAGUUACUGUUUUGAUAGGAUCCUUUGGUACCUUUUUGGGGGCUCUUGUAAAAUGUGCAAGUCUUGCUCCAGACAAAUUUUGGGUCACCAUGGUUGGUCAAACUUUGGUUGCCAUUUGUAAUUUGUUUGUUCUCAGUUUACCGCCAAGAAUAGCUGCUGUUUGGUUUGGCGAACGAGAAGUUUCAACUGCUACCUCGAUAGGUGUUUUUGGUAAUCAACUUGGUGUCUGUUUUGGUUUUUUUCUCCCUCCUUUGAUUGUCACCGCUGUAACUGCACAAGGCAUUGCUUAUGAACUUACUUUUGUUGUAUAUGGAACGGCAGCUUUCACUGGAUUGCUUUUUAUCGCUGUUUUGGUGUUUUUUGAAGAUAAACCAGAAAAGCCUCCGAGUAAUAGUGCAGCGCAAGCAACUAUUUUACAAGAAGAUGUGAAUUUUAUGGAUUCUCUUAGGAUUCUCAUCACUGAUCUUAAUAUGGUUAUGUUGACUAUAAGCUAUGGAAUCAACGUUGGAGUCUUCUACGCUAUAUCAACAGUUCUUGAUCAGAUGAUUGCUUCAGCCUUUCCUGGUUAUGAGGCUGUGGCAGGUAAUAUUGGUGCUAUUAUCACCGUUGUCGGAACAGUUGGUUCUAUGGUCAGUGGCUAUAUACUUGAUAAAACUCAUAGAUACCAAGAAACCAUUCAAGCUCUAUACUUAUUUUCAUUCCUUGGUUUGAUUGGGUUUACCUUGGCUCUUACAUUUAAUUUAUCAAUGGUAUACAUAGUUUCAGCUUUUCUGGGUUUUUUCAUGACUGGUUAUCUUCCAAUCGGGUUUGAAUAUGCUGCUGAAAUAACUUAUCCUCAACCCGAAGGCAACUCGGCUGGAAUACUCAAUGCAUCAGCUCAAUUUUUUGGAAUUAUUCUUAUUUUUAUAUCUACUCUGGUGGUUGAUCGUUUUGGUCAUUUGCCUUGUAAUUUAAUGCUAUGUUCAACUUUACUCGUUGGUUUAAUACUAGCUGCUUUUACUCGUGGUUCCCUUAAGAGACGUGAGGCUACAAUGAAAACCAAGGAAUUCAGCUAAUAAAUUAAUGUGAUUGAAGUACAAAGUCUGAAAACAAUCAAAGCUAAUAAUGUGAACGUCUAUCGAUUUAUGGGGAAUGAUUUAAAUGAAUGUAAACUUUACCGUCCUCUUAACAGUCAAAUUCUAGCAUGUCUUCCCUGAAGCAAGUGUAAAACACUGAAUUGUUCAUAUUUGUCGAAGUGCCUACCUAAUUGUCAUUUAUUUAAACAAAAACACGUAUAAUAUUUCUCAAUUUUACUGGAUUUCUACUAUCAAGGUUUUUAAUCAAGCAGCUCUAAUGAACAAGGCAAGCGUGUCUUUCAAUUCUUUCUGUGAUUCUCCUAACAAUUGUUCACGGAAUUUGUUUAUUUACCUCAAAACAACUGAAUCAUUUAUAUUUUAAUGUUAUCCAAUGUUUUUCUAUGAUUCUAUCCUGGUUAUUUAUUAAUCUUAUUGUUGACUCUCAAUUAUUUCAGUCAGGAAACGAAUCUCUAAUCAACGAAUCAAUUUUUUUCACAAAACCAAACUAUCAAAUUGUUCAAAUUAAAUUAAAUCUAAUAAAAGUAAACUUU